GUGUAAAAAUAUAUAUUUCUUCCUCUUUCACAUUUCUUCCAUUUUUUCCCUUCUGCUUGUUAAUCUCCAAUAACCCGAAACAGCAGAGACAAUCUUUUUUGGUUUGAAGCGCCAAAAAAGAAAAGCUAACGAAAGGGAAGAGAGGUUUCAGUAAGAGUGUUGUAUUGGUAUUUUUAUUUUCCCUACCCCAUGUCAAAUUCAGAGGGUGGUGCUACAAACGGCAUAAUGGACCCUCAGAGACAACAAGCGCCAGGAAACGUCCUUGUCGUCAAAAAACCUCCUUCCAAAGAUCGUCACACGCAAAGUCGAUGGUCGUGGCCGAGAAUCAGGAUGCCUAUCAUUUGUGCGGCUCGUGUUUUCCAGUUGACUCGUGAGUUGGGUCAAUCCGAUGGUCAGACUAUUGAAUGGCUGUUACGCCAAGCUGAGCCUUCCAUCAUAGCCGCCACCGGGACGGGGACAACUCCCGCUAGCUUCUCGACCGUGUCUGUCUCCGUCCGCGGCGGAGCUAAUUCAACUUCUUUAUCGUCAACGACUUCUUCUUCGUCUUUGGAUCAUAAGCCUCUACUGGGUCCCACCCCUUUUAUACUAGGGAAACGCGUAAGGGCCGACGAUGAUAACGCCGGAAAGGACGAUUCCGGAGGGGACGCUGGACCAGGCGUGGGGUCCAUUGUGGGACCCGCGGGUACACCCACGGGUGGGUUCUGGGCUGUUCCGCAGGCCGACUUUGGUCAAGUAUGGAGUUUCGCGCCCCCGCCUCCACCGGAGAUGGUGGUGCAGACGGCUGCUGCUGCUGCUGCGGCAGCGGCGGCAACAACCGCUGCCGCUGCGUUGUUCGUUCAGCAACAGCAAGCGAUGGGAGAAGCGUCGGGGAGGGUUGGGAAUUAUCUUCCUGGUCACCUGAAUUUGUUGGCUUCGUUGUCGGGUGCUCCGGGGGGUUCGGGUAGGAGAGACGAGGAUCCGCGUUGAAUUGGGUGGACCGUUUUACUUUUGUUAUUGUUGGGAGUAUAUAUAUUUAUAUGAAUAUAUAGAUUCUAUAAAUAUUUGUGUAUGGUUGUUGUUUUUGUGUGUGUGGAUGUGGAAGAGGAUUUUUAGUUGGAAUUUUAGGGUUAGGGAAGUAGGGUUUUGAAGGGGGACAAUUUGGGAGUUUGGAGUAUGGAUGAUGAAUGGAUUCAAAUUAGGGGUUUUUUUUUCUGUAGCACUUUUAUUUGAUGAUUAAUUAGGGUUUUAGAGCGUUCACAAUUAUUUAGGAUUUUGAGGGUUUAUGUUGGAGGAGGAGAGGGGAGUCAAGAAUUAGGGCUUUGGUGACUGAGAUUUUGCGACUG